UACAAAAAAUUAUUUUAAAAUGUGUUCGCGUGUCAAUGUAGUUGGUGUUCGUAUUUUAGACAAUCCUUCAAAACCAACAGACCCAUUUAAAUUGGAAAUAACUUUUGAAUUAUUCGAGAAUAUUAAAGAAGAAGUUGAAUGGGAGCUUGUUUUUGUUGCUACUGAUGGAAAAGAAGAACACGACCAAGUGCUUGAUUCUGUAGUUAUUGGACAAGUCCGUGAAGGACGACAUAAAUUCGAUUUUGAAGCUCCGGCACCUCAACUACAAAAUCUCCGUCCAGAGGAUUUUAUGGAUGUUACACUUUUGUUGUUAAAGUGUAAAUAUCGUGAUCAGCUUUUUAUGAAGAUUGGUUGGUUCAUCACGCAUACUUAUAUUGACGCUGAAUUGAUCGAAAACCCACCUCCUCGUCCUAUAAUUGAAAAGUUACAAAGAACUGUUGUCACUGAAGACGUUCGUGUAACAACUUAUCCAAUCAAAUGGGACGAAGACCUUAACAAUGGGACAGUAGCAGAGGAUGAAAACGAGGCGAUGAUUGAUGAAGACAAUGAUUUGGAUGGAAUUAAUGGAGAUGGUGAAAAUUCGAUUCAACAAUCACAGGGGGAUCAAGUUCCACCGGUUGCCACAGAUUUGUGAAAAUUUUUGAAGAAAUGUUUGAUUUUUGGAUUUUAAAUAUUACAGGUCUCAAUUGAUGUAAAACAUUU